GCACUUUCGCCGGACGAUGGACGAGCUGGUCCAUGACCUGGUGUCAGCACUGGAGGAGAGCUCUGAGCAAGCAGCCCGUGGUGGUUUUGGUGACGGAGGAGACCAUGCACUGGCCGUGGGCUGUCUGCUGAAGAGGCAGGCUCGGAAGCGGAGGGGCAGGAAAAGACGCUCGGAUAACCCACACCCGCCUUGGGAGACGGGCCACCUCAGUGAGGGCUCAGAGUCCAGUGUGGAGGAACACAAGGACUACCGUGCCAGUACAGGAGGUGUCUCUGCUGCCAACAGCCAUGCCCGCGACAACAGCGACUCAGAUGAACAACUUGGCCCCAAACGGCGCACCCUUCUAACAGCUGACACAGGACGUAGCAAGCGUCCGCUUUGGCCAGACGACUUGGGCGUCCUGGGGUCCGCAGAGGGAACUCGCAGCCUCAGACGGAGACGUAAGGUCAAACGUAUGGCUGUAGACCCACCUGCGGAGUCAGAACCCCCCUCCUCAACCAUGCUAGGGCCCCCACCUGUCCCCAAAGCCCGAGUUGGCGGCAGGCCGCACAGACUGUGUGCAAACGAGGGCAGGGGUCCCAUGGAGCUCUGUGGAGGUGGACUGAUGGGGCCAGGAGGAGGGAAGAAUAGGGUGAAAAAGAGGAAACUGGCCCCCCACAGACUGGGAAUGGAGGCUGCAGAUGAAGGGGUGGUGGUGGAGAGUGAGGACCCCAUCUGUUCUCCAACGGAAGGGUCCAAGGACAAGAUGGAGUUGGAGGAGCAGAAGGGCUCAGAUGAGGACAUGAGUGACAGGUGUGAGACCAGCAGUGUCAGUAACAGCAGUGAUGGAGGCCUCUACACUAAUGACGAGGGAAGGCAAGCUGAUGAUGAGCAGAGCGACUGGUUCUAUGAGGGGGAGCCGGGCUCCGUUUCAGGGCCCGGAGGUGCUUGUGGGAUAGCGGGAGUGGUUCCUUGGUGGGAGAGGGAGACGGGGUCAGAGGAGCUGGACCUAGCUGACCCCGUCUUCAACAGCAUCCUCACUGGAUCCUUCCCACUCAUGAGCCCUGGAGCACAGAGAGGUAGGCUGGAAACAUGGACUGUACACUUGAACAAGGACUGUAAUAAAUGUCUUUUGAAUGUGGUUUAUAAUGUAUUUUGAAAGUAGUGAAAGGUUUGAGGGACAAUGGGAAAGCGUAGCGGCAUAAAUGUCACUGUGUUGUUGCAGUCUCACUCAGGACCAGUAGGAGGCAAACACACA